ACAGGAAUAACAGAGGCCCGCCAACAGCGCCUGCACGGCGGCGGGCGGUUGGGAGGGUGGUGUGUGGUCUGGAAAACUAAAUUCUGGGGUUUCCCCUGAGCAGGAGCCGUCUGCUAGAACAGGUACGCGGAAGGGCGGGAAGAUAUGGGGUCAGCACCUCGACCUCCCAAGGGCCCGAGAGACUGAAGAGCGAGCACUUGUCCCUAAAGCAGAGUUUCCAGUGGGGCUACCCGGCUGACCCUCCAGGACAGAACAGGACUUAUGCGUUCCGGAUAUGAACCCCGCCAGAUCAGGUGUUCUCCGCCUCUCAGGUUACCGACCUUCCGCCAUCUGCGCUGCGAGGACACCUUGCGAGAGGGUUUGCCAGCCAGGCACUUGCUGCAGGCCUUGAGCCGGCUCUCUGCACUUUGGGGUCCAGCACGGUUCCAGCAGGCGGGAAGUCCUGAGAGCAGUUUGUGCCAGUUGCUUACCAACAGGCUGAAGUUUUCUACCUGUAAAAUGGUGGAGCGGGACUUGGAGUCCUAAGGUCCCUAAGUUCCAGCCAUCUAACUCUUAAGUGAACCCCUCAGUUUACUGGUGAAGAAACUGGAGCCGGCGAGGGGAUGCUGCUUGUCCUGACUGAAAACUGACUUUCAGCCCAAUAGCUCAUUCCGCCUGCUACGGAGUAUACUGUGUAAGCAGGAGCAUCACUAUGUAUGAUAUAUAUAAAGGAAAGCUAGGUGGCAGGAACACCUGUAUCACAUUCCCUUUUUCUAUCCUUAGGACCUAAUAAGCACCCAUAGGACAUAAUAAGCGCUUAUCAAAUGCUAGACCUAGCAGCACUGUCCCUAAAAAGUCUAAGGGAAACUGUGGGUAAGACAAGUGUAGAAAUAGUUUACUUUCACAGCUGAGAUGAACCUCAGACAAACUCCUCACAUAUGUCUGGUUUAAAUCUCCCCUAGGCUUCUGUCCAAGCCCUGAAUGGCUGGCCUCCAGUUGGCACUGACUCUGCCUGUGGGCAUUAUGUUCCCAUAUAAUAAAAGGGAAGCUCCAGAGCUCCAUUCAGUUAAGCAAGAUCCCUAUGAAAAAGGUGACUCUUCCCAGCGGUCUUCUAUGGGGCACCUGAGGAAUAAUUUCCAGCAGGAGCUUUUGAGCAACAAAGAGCUGACACUAGAUAAGCUCUACACUCACCCCAAAUGGAACACCAGCAUGAAAGCCUGGAGCUGCUCCUAUCCCCACUGUGCUGAAAUAAGCCAGCAAGAUUCGAGAAAAGGUUUGUUUUACUCAUCAGGCCCUCAAUCCCAGUAUCCCAAAGCAAAUAUCCAGGAAUUCAUCCCCUUUACAAAGAAGCGAGUUGGGGUGGACCGAGCAUACCCACUGAAACCUGUGUUUCACCGGAAGUCCCGUAGUACAGGUGAGGCUGGCACUGAUGGGGACCAGAAUGUCUCUCUAAGAUCCCAUCAGCCAAGAAAGCUCUCAUACAGCAGUUUUGGUUCAAGGAACUGGGUGAAUUCAUCUGUGGUUGGUUCCGUUGCUGCCACUCAGGAGGAGAGGGUUGUGGCAAACCCCAGCAGGAUGGAAUGGAUGCAGAUCCAAAGACUAGAAGCUGCAGGGGAGAGUUUAGAGGAGGAAAUCCGAAGAAAAGAGACUCUCCUGAGGGAAAAGCUGAAGAAGACAGAGGAGGAACUCAGAAGGAUCCAGAAGAAGAAAGAACAGGCUGAAGAAAAUGAAAAAAGAGAGCUACAGAGGAGAAUGGCACUACCCAGGAGGAGAGUUAAAGGCAAGAGUAACACCUCACACAAACCUAUCUUCUCCCCAGAAUUCAAGUCUGCGGAGGUCUUCAGUAGAGAUGUAGGAGACGAUGAAACUUGGGGACGGUCUCAAGAAAAUUCUAGUCCAUUCCAGUUCUCUGAUCAUGGAAUUCAGAAGCUCAAAAGGGAAGGACUGAUGGCAAGCAAUAACCAAAUCCGAGACCGAGUCUCAGGGCCGCUGAAGGAGAAGUUUUCUCAGGCUUCAGAAAUGCCACCCAGUGCUUUGCAGAGAUCUACCUGCCAUUCUAGCUUGUCUAGGGCCCCAGACUCCUUGGGUUCCAGCUGUUCCACUGAAGAGCCAGAACUGGGUGCGUGCAGCCACUGUGGACGGAAAUUUCUCUUGCUCAGACUUGAGAGACACUCCAAUGUCUGCAGCAGGAUGCGGGGUUCCAAGAGGAAAGUCUUUGACUCCUCCAGGGCCCGGGCUAAGGGCACAGAACUAGAGCAGUACUUGAACUGGAAGGGAUCGGCCUCAGUCAAGGCUGAACCUCCUCGGAAGAGCAACUGGAGACAGAAGCAUGAAUCUUUCAUCCGUACCCUCCGUCAGGCUCGGCAGAUACAACAUGUAAUUGCCAAAGGGGGAAACCCCUCAGACCUGCCUCCCAUCCUGCCUGCAGAAAAUCCAGACUACAUUCAGUGUCCUCACUGUAGCCGCCACUUUGCUCCUAAGGUGGCUGAGCGGCACAUUCCCAAGUGUAAGACCAUCAAGAGCCGUCCUCCGCCUCCAAGGAAGUAUGACAGUUGAGCAGACAACAGUGGAAACCUCCUCUGUAGUCCAGAAGGCUCUGCUUCUCUGAAGCAGUAAAUGGGAGUAGAAUAAUUUGAUGCAGAGCAGAAAGACCUGAACUGUUAUAUUUCUGAGAUCUGCCUGCAGAGCUGAAAUCAGUGAGGAGAGAUCAUUGCCAAGCAGCAGGAGGCAGAAGGAAGCCUUGGCUUCCCACUAAAUCAUCACCUCAGGCUAGUAUGCCUGAUGUCCUUGCCCUGGGAACUGAUGGAUGAAGACACGUAAGAGCAGCCAGUAGGCAACAUUAAAGCUCUCUUCUUCAAA